UCCUCACAAAACCUCAACCUACUCCUCAAACUCUCCAACUAAAAUCAACUCAAAGAGUUGUGAACACAAUGACUACUCUUUUAAGCAUAACAAUGAUGAUCAUGACCAUGGUGAUAGCUCCUACAGUCUCCGGCCAGCAGAACUGCAUUCCGGCCAUCACGAGCUUAUCGCCCUGUCUCGGUUUCAUCUCCGGAAACACCACCACCACCACCACAGCACCUUCUCCGAUGUGCUGUUCUCAGCUUGCAAGUGUUAUAAGUUCACAAGCUCAGUGUCUUUGCUCAGUUGUUAAUGGUGGUGGUGCAGCAGCACAGUUAGGACUAGUUCUUAACCAGACUCAGGCUCUUGCUCUUCCUGGUGCUUGCAAUCUCAAGAUCCCUCCACUCAGCCAGUGCAAUGUUGUGGCUGGUGCUCCGGCAGGGUCUCCGGUGAUGGCUCCGGUGGGAGCUCCGGCAGCUUCUGUUUCACCGGUUACACCUUCGGUUUCAAAUAACAAGUCACCUGCUGCACAAUCUGUCCCUAGUCCUGUGCCUACUUCAGCAGGAGGGGGAUCAAAGUCAGUUCCAUCAACAAAAAGCCAAUCCUCUGAUGGUGUGCUUCAAAGAUCAGCCAAUUAUAACCUUGUGGUUCUUCUUCUGGCUUUUGCCUGCUAUGCCAUCAAAUUCUGAUUUGAGGAAUGCUUUGUUUUUAAUGGACAUGAUUCUUAACUUAUUCAUGUUUGGGUCUGUUCUUUGUAAGCUCUAGUGCUUGUUCAUGUUAUUGUUACUGUUUGUUUGUAUGGCGAAAAUAAUUAUUGAACUUGUUUGAGA